GCCGCGCGGCGCAGAACUGCAGGCGCUCGCCUGACUAAGGCUGCGCGGGGCUGCCUCUCCAGCUCCCAGCUCUGCAGGCCGCCUGCCGGUCCUGACCGCCGGGUCCGCGGCCCGAGGCGAAGGCAGGAAGCUGACCGAGGCUCGGUGGCUGGCGCGGAUUUCGGGAACGUGGCAACCUGUGCUUGGCUUGUCCCACGAGGAGAUGACUUUAGUCACUGUGAUGCCUAUGAAUCAAGUGUGACGUGUCUCCAGAUACUUGAUGGUGUUGUCCUCUGACAUCUCCAUACCACUGCGCCACACAGCUCCUGAAACAUGGGGGAAAACGAAGAUGAGAAACAGAGCCAGGCCGGGCAGGUUUUCGAGAACUUUGUCCAGGCUUCCACGUGCAAAGGCACCCUCCAGGCCUUCAACAUCCUCACACGACACCUGAACCUAGACCCUCUGGACCACAGGAACUUUUAUUCCAAGCUCAAGUCCAAGGUGACCACCUGGAAGGCCAAAGCCCUGUGGUACAAACUGGACAAGCGUGGAUCUCACAAGGAGUACAAGCGAGGGAGGUCCUGUAUGAACACCAAGUGUCUCAUCAUUGGGGGAGGACCGUGCGGUUUGCGCACUGCCAUUGAACUUGCCUACCUAGGGGCCAAAGUGGUUGUGGUGGAGAAGAGGGACACCUUCUCCAGGAACAACGUGCUGCACCUGUGGCCUUUCACCAUCCAUGACCUGCGGGGCCUGGGAGCCAAGAAGUUCUAUGGGAAGUUCUGCGCUGGCUCCAUUGACCACAUCAGCAUUCGUCAGCUGCAGCUCAUCCUAUUCAAGGUGGCCCUGAUGCUGGGAGUUGAAAUCCACGUGAACGUGGAGUUUGUGAAGGUCCUAGAGCCUCCUGAAGAUCAAGAAAAUCAAAAAAUCGGCUGGCGGGCGGAAUUUCUCCCUGCGGACCACUGUCUGUCGGACUUUGAGUUCGAUGUCAUCAUUGGUGCCGACGGCCGCAGGAACACACUGGAAGGGUUCAGAAGGAAGGAAUUCCGUGGGAAGUUGGCUAUUGCCAUCACCGCCAACUUCAUAAACAGAAACAGCACGGCUGAGGCCAAGGUGGAAGAGAUUAGUGGCGUGGCUUUCAUCUUCAACCAGAAAUUUUUUCAGGACCUUAAAGAAGAAACAGGGAUUGAUCUUGAGAACAUUGUUUACUAUAAGGACUGCACCCACUAUUUUGUCAUGACUGCCAAGAAGCAGAGCCUGCUUGACAAAGGUGUCAUCAUUAAUGACUACAUCGACACAGAGAUGCUGCUGUGUGCAGAGAACGUGAACCAGGACAACCUGCUUUCCUAUGCCCGCGAGGCCGCAGAUUUCGCCACCAAUUACCAGCUGCCAUCGCUAGACUUCGCUCUGAACCACUACGGGCAGCCUGACGUGGCCAUGUUUGACUUCACCUCCAUGUACGCCUCAGAGAACGCGGCCUUGGUGCGCGAGCGCCAGUCCCACCAGCUCCUCGUGGCCCUGGUGGGCGACAGCUUACUUGAGCCAUUUUGGCCCAUGGGCACAGGUUGUGCCCGGGGCUUCCUGGCAGCCUUUGACACGGCCUGGAUGGUGAAAAACUGGGAUCAGGGCACCCCUCCCCUGGAGCUGCUUGCUGAAAGAGAGAGUCUUUACCGGCUGUUACCUCAGACCACUCCGGAGAACAUCAACAAGAACUUUGAGCAGUACACACUGGACCCAGGGACACGGUACCCAAAUCUUAACUCCAGCUGUGUCCGGCCCCAUCAGGUGAAGCAUUUGUAUAUCACUAAGGAGCUGCACCCGUGCGCUCUCGAGAGGCUGGGCUCGGUGAGGAGAUCCAUGAGCCUCUCCAGGAGGGAGCUAGACAUCCGGCCCAGCAAGCUCUUAACCUGGUGCCAGCAGCAAACUGAGGGUUACCAGCACGUCGAGGUCACUGACCUGACCACAUCCUGGCGCAGUGGCCUGGCCCUGUGUGCCAUCAUCCACCGCUUCCGGCCUGAGCUGAUCAACUUUGACUCUCUGAACGAAGAUGACGCUGUGGAGAACAACCAGCUGGCAUUUGACGUGGCCGAGCGUGAGUUUGGCAUACCCCCGGUGACCACGGGCAAGGAGAUGGCGUCAGCCCAGGAGCCCGACAAGCUCAGCAUGGUCAUGUACCUCUCCAAGUUCUACGAGCUCUUCCAGGCCACCCCGCUGAGGCCUGUGGAUUCUUGGGGCAAAAACUAUGGAGAAAAUGCUAACCUCAGUUUGGCCAAAUCCUCCAUUUCUCAUAACUAUCUCAACCUCACAUUUCCAAGAAAGAGGACGCCACGGGUGGACACCCAGACUGAAGACAGCGACAUGAACAAACGGAGGCGGAAAGGCUUCAACAACCUGGAUGAGCCUUCGGCCUAUCCCAGCCGCAGCCUGCGCUCCAGUCCAGAGGGCAGCAGCGGGAGAGAAGUGGGAAGCCAGAACAAAGUCAAGUCCAUGGCAAGUCAGCUGCUGGCCAAGUUCGAAGAGAAUUCUCGGAACCCCUCGCUCCUGAGGCAGGAAUGCCGUGUCUCAGGGAUAGGUAAGCCUGUCCUGCGUACUUCCUCUGACCCACCUAUUAACCCUCGCUGCUCCAGGCCGGAGGAGCCCACACCCAGCCCACCACCUCCUCUGAAAAGGCAGUUCCCCUCCGUGGUUGUGACGGGGCAUGUGCUCCGAGAACUAAACCAAGUGUCUGCUGGCGGCGGGUGCCCAAACAGGCCCUGGAGGGCCAGAGCCAAGUCGGACCUGCAGCUAGGUGGGCCCGAGGCUCCUGCUGGCCUGCCUCCCACCUGCCAGGGAGCGCUGGCUCUUUCUGGGGUGCUGCGACGGCUGCAGCAAGUGGAGGACAAGAUUCUUCAGAAGAGGGCUCAGAACUUGGCCAACAGGGAAUUUCACAAAAAGAACAUUAAGGAGAAGGCGGCUCACCUUGCUUCCAUGUUUGGACACGGGGAUUUCCCGCAGAAUAAACUACUUUCUAAAGGCCUGUCUCUCACUCACCCUCCGGCUUCUUCCUCCUGCCUUCCGUCUCCCGAUCCAGCUGCUGCUUCCUCUCUGUCGACUGUUGACUCUGUUUCUCCUGCCAGAAAGGCAAAGAAGUCACCUUCAGGUUCCCAUUUCCAUCCCAGCCACUUAACAACAGUGCGGCCUCAGCUGACGGUAGGGAAAGUGUCCAGCGGAAUAGGGGCUGCAGCCGAAGUCCUGGUCAAUCUGUACAUGAAUGAUCACAGACCUAAGACCCAGGCCACCUCUCCAGACCUGGAAUCCAUGCGGAAGGUGUUCCCCCUGAACCUGGGCGGCAGCGACACCUGUUACUUCUGUAAGAAGCGUGUGUAUGUGAUGGAGCGGCUGAGCGCCGAGGGCCACUUCUUCCACCGGGAGUGCUUCCGCUGCAGCGUCUGCGCCAGCACCCUGCGUCUGGCCGCCUACGCCUUCGACGGUGACGAAGGCAAGUUUUUCUGCAAGCCUCAUUUCAUUCACUGUAAGACCAACAGUCAGCAGAGGAAGAGACGAGCAGAGUUGAAGCAACAAAGAGAGGAGGAGGGACCGUGGAAGGAGCAAGAGGCCCCUCGGCGAGACACCCCCGUGGAAAGUUCUUGCGCAGCGGCUGCCAUUGGCACGCCCGAAGGCAGCCCUCCAGAUGAGCCAACCUCCCCCAAGAAGCCCAAGAGUGUUCUGGAGCCAGAGCCCAGUGAUAUGGAAGGUGAAGCCACCUCUCUCCUGACCUCUGAGUGGACCUCAGUGAAGAUCAGCCCUGGGGAGGACGUAGUUGGACAAGAGAUGAUGGCUGUGCGUGUCCUGGUCACCAGUGAUGACAGCAGCUCCGAGGCAGAGCCAGACUGCCCCGGCAGUGAGGCUUCCAGUGCCCAACCCCAUGAGGAGAGCCCCCGGCGGCCAGAACCCCCACCCCUCCCGGAGCCCCUCACCAGGCACAGCUCCCUGAGAGAGGCCUUGACCAGGAAAGUCUCACCACGGUUCCCUGAGGAGUCACAAGCUGUGCACGCUCUGCAACGGGCCAGUAGCUUCCAGUCUCCAAGUCCCAGCAAAUACCAGAGCUGGAGAAGAAAAUUCCAGUCGAGUCUGAUGCCAGUGAACAACAAAAAAACUAUGUCACCUUCAAAGGAACCUGCUCCUCUUUCUUCUUCCUCGUCAUCUCCUCUCCCAUCUUCCCUGCCAUCUUUCUCUUCAUCCAGUGUCCCAGGGAAUGCUCUGGAUGGCUUCUCCCUACCUCAGGUGACAGCUGACAACCUGCCCUCACAGGUCUCAAGAGGUCACUGCAGCCCUUCCACUCCAAUCUUUCUGAGGCGCGCCAGAGCCCAAGGGGUACCCAAGGACAUGCCCCUGUAUCUGCCCCAUGGCCAAGUACUGGAGCGGGCAGAGUACUUCAUGGUGAGGCCUGGUGAAGACGGCCUUGCCAGCCCCCAGCCCCCCAGCCCUGCAGAGAUGGCUUCCGAUGGGUGUCAUGAAGCAGAGACCUCUCUUGGGGACACCAGUAGCAUCCACAGAGGCCCAGACCCCACUGGAGGGACGAACAGGUGUUUGCCAGACCCAGAGGUAUCUCCCAGGGCUGGAGAGGACCCAGGAGAAAAGAACAGCAGACCCAGCAAGGGAGAGGAGAACAGGUCAGAGCUGGCAGAGGGGAAGAAGUUGGGCUUGAAGAAGUUAGUCCUCACCCCGGAGCAGAAGACAAAGCUAUUGGACUGGGACAAUUCCAUCCCUGAUAGUGUGAGCCUGGAAGCUGGGGCACAGCCUGUCCAGAGCGGUGCUGGCAAUGGUAGGGGAGGCCGUGUGCCGAAACCAGUUAGUCCCUUGCAGCUCCCCUGGACAGCGAGAGAGACCCCGCCUGCCCAGGGAAGGGCUCAGGAGAAGAUGGGGACACCAGCUGAACGAGCUCCACCCAAGUCCCCACUUCGGCUCAUAGCAAAUGUCUUGCGAAGGUCCCUGGAUCCCUUCCUCCCCAACUCAGAAGGUGGGAGGAAGGCCUCUGCCAAGCCAGAAUCAAGGAACCUGCCCACCAGCCAGCCACAUGGUAGCACUCGCUCAUUCAGCCUUCGAAAAACCAGUUCCAGUAAAGACGGCAGCCAGCAGUCCCCGGGGAGAGACAUGGCGAGUAGAGCUUCAGCUUUCUUCUCCUGGGGCUCCCCACCUGCCAGGGCUGCCCAGCCCUCAUACCCUAGCCCUCCAGACCUUGCCCUCCGCACUCACAGUUUGCCCAACCGACCGUCCAAGGUGUUUCCGGCGUUCCCGGCCCCUCCCUGCCACAAGAUGGAAGAUGUCCCCACACUCCUUGAGAAAGUGAGUUUGCAAGAGACGUCCCCAGAUGCUUCUAGGGUUCCAAAGGGAAAAAUCUCGCUCUUUUCCUCCCUCAGACUCAAAGACAAAUCUUUUGAGAGUUCCCUCCAAGAAUCCAAACAAAGAAAGGACCUCCAGGACCUCUUCAGCAACCCCAGGGGAGCAGGGGAGCUGAUGGACAGCACCCCGCCCCUGGAGAAGCUGGCACAGCCUUUCAAUAGCACCGGCCUGGGGCACAGAGUCCCUCUUCCUUCUCCAGACAAAGAUGCAAGUUCCAAACACAUCCCUAGCCGAGGGCAGGUGACAGGGGCCGCCUCUUCUACUUCCUCCAGCAACUCCUCCUCUGCAGAUGAAGGGUUUCAUCCCCAGCCUUCCUUGCGGUCAAAGGAAAGGAAGACGCUCAGAAGAAGAAGGAAGCUGGAGAGAGCAACAAAACAGUUGGUUAAGCAAGAAGAAUUGAAAAGACUUCAUAAAGCUCAGGCCAUCCAGAGGCAGCUGGAGGAGGUGGAGGAGCGCCAGAGGGCUUCAGAGAUCCAAGGCGUGAGGCUGGAGAAGGCGCUGAGAGGGGAAGCAGAUUCAGGCACACAAGAUGAAGCACAGCUUUUGCAGGAAUGGUUUAAGCUGGCUCUGGAGAAGAAUAAAUUAAUGCGAUAUGAGUCGGAGCUACUGAUCAUGGCCCAAGAAUUAGAAUUGGAAGAUCAUCAAAGCAGACUGGAACAGAAAUUAAGACAGAAAAUGCUCAAGGAGGAGAGCCAGAAAGAUGAGAAUGAUCUGAACGAGGAGAGAGAAAUAUUCAGCGAGAUGAUGCAAGUGAUUGAACAAAGGGACAGACUCGUGGACUCCUUAGAGGAGCAGCGCAUAAAAGAAAAGGCUGAAGACCAGCACUUUGAAAGCUUCAUAUUCUCCAGGGGCUGUCAGCUGAGCAGGACGUGAGCAGGCCCAAGGGGCGCUCUCCGGAUGCUGGCUGAGGGCGGAUGGGGCCAGGAACACCCUAUGUACUCACGAUUCCUUUGGCAGGAUCUGGGGUACCUGGAACUUAAGCGAUGCCCUAUUGCCAUCUUUUCUUAAACAUGAAAAUUCUCCCAUCUGGAGUACAGCUGCCCGAGACCCUUCCAGAGAUUCUAAUGAAGAAAAUACAAAGACUGUUAUGAGAUCAGCAGUCCCUCUGGCAGGUCUCACCUUGGAGGUGACCUUGGCAGAUGACCAGCAUUGUUUUCCCGAGAAAGGGACAUGGAGAUCGACUUUCCUGUUGCCUUUACCAUUUAUCUUCCCAAUUCAUUGAGUUACACAUCUCCAGGUUUUUAAGAAGCUGCCUUUUCAUUAAUAUAUCCAUAUUUGCCUUUUUUUUUUUUUUUUUUGCAUGGAUGACCGGUUUCCAAAUGUCAGAAAGAAGCAGCCACGGUUUAAAGAUUAGGUUAAUAUUUAAAUUGUGUUUCCAGAAAAAAAAGGAGAAACCUUGAGAUUACUGGUUACAUAAAGCAAAUAACUCAUAUAGCAGGUGUUAAUUCAAUCCUGGAUUUAAUUUACCAGUUGUAUUUGUAAGCCUUAAUAUAAUAUACAUAAGCAAUGAGAGUUGAAGACAACAUUUGAGCCUUAAUUUUGUUUAAAAAACAAAACAGAAAAAAAAAAAGGAAAGAGAAAAGGAAAGAAAACUCUGCCCCUGGAACAUAUGAAAAGCAUUUCUAGAAGAUGAAUAGUUUUCCAGUGCUUUUCUUAUAUGGCUAUUGGUGAUGGCAAAAGGGAAACUCAUUUGUUGAUAAAGUGUCAUUGAGGCGGGUGCUGCUACUGAAGCACACCCACUAGAGAUCCAAGAUGAGGAUGCUUCCCGAAGGCAGUCUUCUCGGGUCCAAAGACAAGCAUCUCCAACACUUUCUCCAGGGAUCCCCUCGGAACUCCACCAGACAAGGACGAAAUCACUUCUGAACUUCCCCCGGGUAGCUGAGUGCCGUGACCCCAUUUACCAAAUACAGGGACCAAAUCUCAGACUGGGUUGUGGAUUUUUUAAAUGACAUUUUCAAUGUGAAAAGAAAACCAAGAGAUGGAGUUUUGUGCACUGACGAGGGAUUCCUGGGCCCUUCUGAUGGGUCCCAUGCGAACCAUGUUUUACAUAGUGAUCUGUUGUCAGAAAUUGAUUGUUUUCCCUCAAUGGGAUUCUUUGAAGAUUCAGUCUGUCACUGACAAGAGACGGACUGAGGAACUCUUUGUUACGUGUUUGCCCUCUCUCAUUUCUGCAAGUGUGUAAAUGGGUCGCUGAACAGAAGGUGCUUUGCGACAGUUGACUCUGACCAGAGACCUAACUCUCCUCAAUGUAAGUUGACCGUGAACCGCUUCUGUCUGAGAUGCUAUCCAUGCAUGCCAAUUUGGCCAGCCGACAAGCCGGAAAUUAGAAAUGUAACUGGGUUUCCCAAGCCCGCCCACACUUGGAGAGGUGUUAAAUGGAAACUUUCCAUGGCAUACCAAAUUCCAAAGGUUGCAAUUCUCUUUUCCUAUCUUCUUUCCUUCCUUCCUCUUCCUUUUUCCUUUCUUUAAAAAAAGAAUCAGAUCUUCUAGUGCAUGAAUUCUUCUAUGAGGGAAUAUGUGCAGGCAUCGAGCUAUCAAAACUGUGCCAUUUAUGGCUAUUUAUUCUUAUUUAUUUAUAUAUUUGGUGGAAAUUGCUAAUAGGAUUUCCUCCUAUUUCUGGUUUUCCUGUGUUAUGCUACGGGCACUAAGAUAUUGGUAUAUAAGCUAUUUAACAGACAAAUAACCCAGUUGUUGGGGACAGUGAGUUGCAAAGUAUUAAAGAUUUGUAGAGGUAGUUAAAAUAAUAUUUUCAGUCAUUAGGUAUUUAAAGGUAAAACUAUGGAUACUCAGGAAUUUUAAUUCAUUUAAAGGAGAGAGAUAUAGAACUUCAGUUUUUAUUUUUGAAUGUUCAGAAAUAUCCAAACCCAGUCUUUUCUGUCAGUUACAUGAAAGCGUGCUAUCAUUUCACAGAGGCUGCUCACAUGUAUAGUGUCUGGGUUGUUGUUAUAAAAAGAAUUAAUUGCCACUUAUUUUAAUUUGUUCUGUUUUCAUCUAAAAGAAAGGUUCUCCCAAGAGGGCCAAGAAAGAAGGUGUUUCUUGGCCCUCGUCUUCUGUUAAUAGACAAGGGAAGCAAUUUGUUCACUUUUUCUUCCGCAGACUGUUCUGUAGUUUAAAGCUGAGUCUUAUCUGGCCAAGUUGGAACAUAAACCUCAUAUGUAACAGCCUUCUACUUACUACGGCUUUCAGCUUGGUGGUACAUGACAGUUUCAACGAACACUUCCAAAAGGACAUAAAUAAUGUGGCUGUUGAAUUAUUUUCCAUAGUUCCAUUCCUUAUUCACAAAUAAAGAAUGUCGUAAGACCCUCAAAAUGUAAAAUACUGUACAUUUUAAAGAUGGGGUUUUUUUAACGCAAUAUGAAUAGGAAGGAUUAUGAUGAAAACAACUUCUUCUGUCCCAUAAAAGAGCACUCGUGAUCAAAGCUGGACAACGUAGGGCUCUGGAUGAGACAGAAAGCCCCAGCCUCGUGUCAUGUGUUAGAGACAGUCUCGUACAGCUUUUAAGUUAAACUGAAGGGCUCACAAUGGUCGCAAGGUAAGGGUUUAACAUAAGAGGGAUGGAGAGGACAGUUCUCAAGCUUCCUCUCCCAAACCAUUCGUUGGUUGAUCUAUGUGUUUAACAAACAUUCUCUGAUUGCCUGUGGGGUCGUGCAGCCCUGAGCAGAUAAUGGCAUGAGGGAAGAAUAUUCGUCCUCCACCCACAAAUAAAUGCAAAGAAUAAUAAACAAACAAAUAAACAAGUACCACUUCCAAAUAAAUACAAAGAUAACUAUUUUUAUUACAAGCAUCAGCCUAGUCUACUCACAUUUGUCUCAAGGAUAAGGACUUUAAACCCCAGCAACCGCAGCACUCCUGUGGCAAU